AAUAUAUUCUUACCUAUAAGCAAUCCUUAGAAAAUAGAAUACUUAUAGAUACAAACCUACUGGCCAAGCAUGGCUUCUGCAUCUGUGAACAACAAGAAGCCAACUGCGGAUAAGCUGCCAACCCUGGUUCUGGAGCGUAUAUUUUCCUUUUUGUCCCUUGAGGAACUGCAGUCAUGUUCCCUAGUUUGCAAAUCCUGGUUUCACUACUUGAAUGAUGGAAAUAAUGAUGUCUGGAGGCUACAAUGUGUUCAAAAGCUUGCAGAAGAAGCAUUAAAGUCUGAUUUAUUAUCUUCCCUCCCAACUUAUAAAGAAAAGUUAAAAGCAUUUCAUCAUUCCUGGAAUGCGAAUGACUGUUCAGGAAAUAUUUACAUUAAACCAGAUGGGUUUACACUUCACAGAAGACCAGAAGCACAAUGUACAGAUGCAGCUCGUGGAAAGAUUGGAUUUGAAUCUGGCCGACAUUCUUGGGAUGUUCGUUGGCGGGGACCAGUGGGAACUGUAGCUAUGGUUGGCGUGGCAACUAAAGAAGCGCCCCUACGUGUAGGAGGCUAUAAACCCCUUCUAGGCUCAUCAGAUCAAAGCUGGGCAUGGAAUUUAGUCGAUAAUCAUUUAUUUCAUGGUGGUUCAAGAAGAGACACCUACCCAAAGUGCAAUAAUCCUCCUAAAUACCAGGUUGGUGAGAAAAUAACUGUAGUUUUGGAUAUGGAGGACAAUACGCUUGCGUUUGAAAGAGAUUAUGAAUUCCUAGGCAUCGCUUUUCGUGGGUUACCACAGACCAGACUUUACCCCUCAAUAUCAGCAGUGUAUGGAAAUACAGAAGUCACGAUGGUUUAUAAAGGAAACCCCACUGAUGGAUGACCAGUCAUAUUAUUCUACUUAGGAAAAGCAAUCGGUCACAUCAGGACUGUGCCUCCGGCGAAACUGGUUCCCAAAUUUCCUCUGCUGCUUGUAAACUGUACCUGUAACAACCUGGAUAUGCAACCCACCUUUAUUUUGUAAUGUUGAAUAUGUGGCUGUUGAGAUGUUUCUUGGUCAACUACAAGGUGGCCAAAUUUUGAACAAAUACCCGUGCAACGAAAAUCGCUAUUGGUUUACGUAGUGAGCUUGGUGAAUGUGGCGGAGGUAACACCAUUGAAGAAUUACUGAAUAAUUGAUAAAUACCAUGGCUUAGUUUGUUAUGUCACCACCAGCCUUCCUCUUGCUGAAGUUAGUUACCUGUUAUCAUGUUUCUUGCAACACCACACAGUCAGUCAAUUCAGCAGUUGAUUUUGAAAUUCCCGCAAUCAAGCAUACAUAAACGCUUAGUUAUUUUUCCAAUGAAUUGAGCAUUCACAUGUCCAGUUCUAUUAGUUGCCGUUUUAAACAUGCGAAUUUCACAUUGCCAUGUCUGUUAUCAUGUUCUACUGUUCAAAUUAUGUGCACUAGCGUAAGUGGAUCUUCUUUUCAAAUUUUAUUUUUGAUAGCUUAUUUUUUCGUUGAGCCUGCUUUUUGUAAGCAAGGUGUAUGCUGAAAUAAAUGAGCACAGUUAAAUUGACCAUACUGUGACAGCACAAGGACUGUCACUUAAAUACCCAUGUUGUGUGCGUUUCUUGCAAAUUAGUGUUUGACUUCAAGUAAACAGAAAAUUUCUAUAAUGAAUGGUCACACAUUCCAGUCACUGUGCAAAAUAAUGUGAACUUGCUGCCAUGUUUUCCAAUUCACUUCUACCUUUUGUUGUUUGACCAAGCUUAAAACUGGUAAAAUUGGUGCAGAGUCUUUAAAGUUUGUUUUCCCGCUUUAAAGUUCAAUUCCAAGUUAUUCAGAACAAAGUUAAGGUCUCUGCACUUUGAAAGAGUAUCUUAUUAAUAAAACAUGCAAGCCAGCA